GCCGACAUCUCACGUAUUUAUAAAAUACGAAUAUGAUACUAUGAACACUUCUUUCAAAUUAACAUGUCGCCGCUCAAUUUACUUUUUUUUCUUUUAACUCCCGGCUGCUUCUCACUGAGCAUCGGAGUAAGUGAUAAAAAUGUGACGAAGCGUGCUGCAAAUAGCGAAUUCUUCCCGGACUGGGUCCCGUUCAAGAACAAACAUGGUGAGGAACUCGGUGAGUUUGUGGCGGUGGCCAAAGCGAAACCAAAGAAACGACUUGCACCGCCUAUGAAUUUCAUACUAAGAGCUGUCGCCGAACCCAACGGUGAUGAUUAUUAUGAUAAAGGUCAAGGCGAAAGCGACAACGAAGAUUAUUUCGAAAAGAAGGAAUGGUCUGACUUAAACAGACCUGCAGAACCCGUUGAUCCGAAUAAACCGAUAAGCCACAAUAUAUCUGACAUAGAUGGUAUCGUAAAUAUAAUAACUAAGCCUGUUGACGAUCCCGUGAUCAAAGCUAUAAACGGACGAAACAAAGAAAAGCAAGAAGCGAAGCAAAAAUCAGAGGAAGAAAAUCAAAAUGUAAGUGAAGAAACUGAAAGCCUUAAAACUAAAAACGAAAAGCAAGAUAUUCAGCCAGAAGCAGAAAGUGAUGAAAAAGAAGAGAAAAGACCUAGAAGGUACGAAGAUGAUGUCGAAUAUGAAGAAGCGAGUUCUGAAAAGCAAAAACCUGAAAUAAGCGAUGAAGAAAAGCGUGAAAGUGAGGAGAAAAAGGCAAAAAUUCUAAGUAGUGUUGAUGAUUUAAAAGAGCGACAUGCAAAAGAGCAACGCGCGAUAUCUGAAAAAGUAAAAGAGGAAGAGUUGUUCCGAGAAGAUUUCGAAAGAGACAACUUAGGAUCCAGCGAAGAGAACGAUAAGUACGCCAAAGGUAAAGCACCAAAAUGGAAGAAAAUUAGUGAUUACGAAGAAUACAACGAUGACGUUGGAUCUGUAGAAGACAAGUAUAAGCUUAAUCAUAUAAAAACAACAACAACAACAACCACACAAUCACCUAAAAAGAGCAAAAAGCGUAAAUUGAAAAAAGGAAACACAGUUGCCAGUGGUAAGCUAUCCGUUUUCAGAAAUCCUCAAUUAUACAUGGUCUUUGAUGAUGACGAUGAAGCUACAACACCUAAACCCAAAGCCGGAAAACCUAAUGAAAAAUUUUCAGCCAAAUAUUCGGCUAAUGAUGACAACGUAAGAAUAUCUUUAGUCCCAGCAGAUGAUGAUUCCAAAGAAGGUGAGCCCACGAAAUUCUUCCCAAAAAAAAGGAAAAACAAACGCAAUAAAACAAAGGUCACUGCUUCGCCAACCCCAUUUAAUACCGAAAAAACGACUAGCCUACCAACAACGGCAUCUGACACAACCGGUUUUGACGUAUCAGCUUCUGACACAUCCGCUUCUGAUAUAACAGCUUCCGAUGUGGAUUCUUCUGCGUCAAACACCGCGCCGUCUGCGUCUGAUGCAGUCCCUUCUGCAUCAGACGCUUCAACUUCAGCUGCAGACGUUGACUCCACGCAUGCGUCAACUGACAAAGAAGAAGAAAAGAAGGUUGCAGAUUAUAGCCACGAAAAAGGUGGUGGUCGUCAACAUGAAUCGGAAUUCUCAGAAGAACAUGGGGAGCAUGGCAAGAAGGCUUACGAGGGAUACCACGAAGACACGAAGACCAGCAAGGGUCACCAUGACAAGGAGAGUCACCACGAUAAGUACAAAGAUCAAGGUGGAAUAGACAAGAAGCAUCACGAUGAGAAGGAGCAUUACGGAGCUCACCACCACGAGGAACAUGGCAAGAAACACGCGAAGUACGAAGAAUCAGGGAAGCAUUCAAAAGGCCACAGCACUAAAGGCAGCCACGAUAUCCACAAAAAAGAUGAAUACGAGAAGAGAGUAGAAUUCUUCGAGGAGGAAGGCGAUUCAGAUGAAGUGGAGUCUCAUGGAGGACACCACAGUGAAAAGGAACACUCUAUGGGUGGGCAUUACAAGAAGUCCAAUCUGGAGGCAAGUCACAAAGGCCACGCGAAGGGCGACACGGGACAUUUCAGCAAAAAUGGACAUGAACAUAUAAACAAGGGUCAUAGCGUCUCUGGGGGCCACAGCCACCACGGCCACCACAGCCGACAGCACCACGGCGAAGGUGGUAGGAACGGUGGGAAGAAGUGGGUCUACCACCACGGCUACCCAGCGAAAACAGCGAACUUGGUAGUGAUAGAUCGACGAAACGAUUACCAACACGGCCCACAGUACUUUGGUUAAUUAUUUAUAAGUAGAUUAUAACUUCAUUUGGUAAAUUUUGAGAUCAUGAUGUUAAUGGAUCAUUCAUAAAUUAAUACGCAGCUCAGGUGGAACAUUUUGGGAAAUUAUAACUUUUUUGUAUAUUAAAUCUCGUAUAAUUUUUACAAACGUGAUCUUAUAAAUAGCGAGGAAUGAUAAGUGAC